CGCCCGCCGCCUGCCGCGGAUCGCGUGGUCAGCUCGGCUCGCCGCGCCUCUCCCCCGUCCGUCCAUAUUGCUGCAGCCCCCGAGCCGGGAAGCCCGGGCCGCCCCGGCGGCGGGGGGGAGGGAGGGACGGGACGAGAAGCCUGCCAGGCUCCGGGUGGGGGCGACUUGCGAGGAACGGGCGGGGGGGGACGCGCGCCGAGGAGGCCUGGACCGCAGAGUGGGGGGCCUUCCUCCCUCCCCCCCCCCGCCCCACCAGCAGGCCUUGGAUCUACGGCGGCUGCAUCCGACCGGGAGGGGGGCCGCGCCUAGCGUGAACCCCGACGCUUCUCUGCCGGGACUGGGGCCCAGCGCCCCGGAGGAAGGCGUCGCGGGCGCUCUGAGAGCCAAGUUCGAGGCGGGGGAGGCAGCCUCGGGCGCGUCCGGCUUCUCCGGGGGGGCGGGCGCGCAGAUGGCCACUCAGGUGGAGCCGCUGCUGCCGGGGGGCGCCCCGCUCUUGCAGGCCGAAGAGCACGGGGGGCUGGUGAGGAAGAAGCCGCCGCCGCCGCCGCCGUCCGAGGGCAAGGGCGAGCCCGGGGCGAACGACGUCGGAGGGGGGGAGCCGGACGUCGGCGCCCGGAGACCUCGGCCGUCCUACGCCAAGCCACACAAGGAGGGCAUCGGGCAGCUGGAGCGCGAGAGCCCGCGGCCGCCGCAGCCGCCCGGCGCCGAGGGCCUGGCCGUCAGCGACGGGGAGGAGGGCGGCGGCGGUGAGCCGGCCGCUGGCGGAGGAGCUGCCGGAGCCGCGGCCGCCGGGCGCCGAGACUUCGUGGAGGCCCCUCCGCCCAAGGUGAACCCGUGGACUAAGAACGCGCUACCGCCGGUCCUGGCCACCGUGAACGGACAGUCUCCUCCAGAACAUUCUGCUCCGGCCAAGGUGGUGAGGGCAGCGGUUCCUAAACAGCGCAAAGGUAGCAAGGUUGGUGACUUUGGAGAUGCAAUCAACUGGCCAACACCUGGAGAGAUAGCCCACAAGAGUGUGCAGCCACAGUCCCACAAGUCUCAGCCUGCCCGCAAGCUGCCACCCAAAAAGGACAUGAAGGAACAGGAGAAAGGAGAGGGGAGUGAUAAUAAGGAGAGCCCCAAAACCAAAUCGGAUGAAUCAGGGGAGGAGAAGAAUGGGGACGAGGACUGCCAGCGAGGGGGGCAGAAGAAGAAAGGGAACAAACACAAGUGGGUUCCAUUGCAAAUAGACAUGAAGCCUGAAGUACCCAGAGAGAAACUGGUCUCACGCCCUACUCGCCCGCCGGAGCCACGACACACACCUGCCAACCGCGGGGAGAUCAGAGGGUCUGAGCCUGCCACCUACAUGCCCGUGCCCGUGGCCCCCCCCACCCCAGCCUGGCAACCAGAGACCAAAUCGGAGCCUGCCUGGCACGACCAGGAUGAGACAUCGAGUGUGAAGAGUGAUGGGGCUGGUGGGGCGCGGGCUUCCUUCCGUGGCCGUGGACGGGGGCGUGGUCGCGGCCGGGGACGCGGCCGGGGUGGCACUCGAACCCAUUUUGACUACCAGUUUGGCUACCGAAAGUUUGAUGGUGCAGAGGGGCCUCGCACCCCCAAGUACAUGAACAACAUCACCUACUACUUUGACAAUGUCAGCAGCACUGAGCUUUACAGCGUGGACCAGGAGCUGCUCAAAGACUACAUCAAACGCCAGAUUGAAUACUACUUCAGCGUGGACAAUUUAGAGCGAGACUUCUUCCUGCGACGGAAAAUGGAUGCUGACGGUUUCCUUCCCAUCACACUUAUUGCGUCCUUCCACCGAGUGCAGGCCCUUACCACUGACAUUUCACUCAUCUUUGCGGCCCUAAAGGACAGCAAGGUGGUGGAGAUCGUUGAUGAAAAAGUCCGCAGGAGGGAGGAGCCAGAGAAGUGGCCUCUUCCUGGUCCUCCAAUUGUAGAUUAUUCCCAGACUGAUUUCUCCCAGCUUCUCAACUGCCCAGAGUUUGUGCCCCGCCAGCACUACCAGAAGGAGACAGAGUCGGCGCCUGGCUCUCCCCGUGCGGUCACCCCAGUGCCAACCAAAACAGAGGAGGUCAGCAACCUAAAGACACUGCCCAAGGGCCUGUCUGCCAGCCUCCCUGACCUGGAUUCUGAGAACUGGAUUGAAGUGAAGAAAAGGCCUCGGCCCUCCCCAGCACGACCCAAGAAGUCAGAGGAACCCAGGUUCCUCCACCCGACCACGCUGCCUCAGCAGCUGCCCUCUCAGCAGCUGAUAUCCAAGGAUCAAGAUGAGCAAGAGGAGCUGGAUUUCCUGUUUGACGAGGAAAUGGAGCAGAUGGAUGGGCGGAAGAACACCUUUACCGCCUGGUCUGAUGAGGACUCUGACUAUGAGAUUGAUGACCGGGAUGUCAACAAGAUCCUUAUUGUCACCCAGACACCACCUUAUAUGCGCCGGCACCCGGGGGGGGACCGCACAGGCAACCACACCUCGCGUGCCAAGAUGAGUGCCGAGCUGGCCAAGGUCAUUAACGAUGGACUCUUCUACUACGAGCAGGACCUGUGGACUGAGAAGUUUGAACCUGAGUAUUCCCAGAUCAAGCAAGAAGUCGAGAAUUUCAAGAAAGUCAACAUGAUCAGUCGGGAGCAGUUUGACACACUAACCCCUGAGCCCCCUGUGGAUCCCAACCAGGAAGUUCCUCCUGGACCACCUCGCUUCCAGCAAGUUCCCACGGAUGCCCUGGCCAACAAGCUGUUUGGUGCUCCUGAGCCCUCCACCAUUGCCCGCUCUCUACCAACCACUGUCCCAGAGUCACCAAACUACCGUAACGCCAGGACCCCCCGCACUCCCCGGACACCACAGCUCAAAGACUCAAGCCAGACAUCACGGUUUUAUCCAGUGGUGAAGGAAGGUCGGACGCUAGAUGCUAAGAUGCCUCGGAAAAGGAAGACAAGACACAGCUCAAACCCGCCCUUGGAAAGUCAUGUGGGCUGGGUAAUGGAUUCUCGAGAGCACAGGCCCCGAACUGCUUCCAUCAGCUCCAGCCCCUCAGAAGGCACGCCUGCCGUUGGCAGCUAUGGCUGUACCCCUCAGUCGCUGCCCAAGUUCCAACAUCCUUCCCAUGAGCUGCUCAAGGAAAACGGCUUCACACAACACGUCUACCACAAGUAUCGUAGGCGCUGCCUUAAUGAGCGGAAACGCUUGGGCAUUGGCCAGUCUCAGGAGAUGAACACUCUCUUCCGCUUCUGGUCCUUCUUCCUCCGAGAUCACUUCAACAAAAAGAUGUAUGAGGAGUUCAAGCAGCUGGCUCUGGAGGAUGCCAAAGAAGGCUACAGAUAUGGUUUGGAGUGCCUUUUUCGAUACUACAGUUAUGGCCUGGAAAAGAAGUUCCGGCUGGACAUAUUUAAGGACUUUCAGGAGGAAACCGUGAAGGACUACGAAGCUGGUCAGCUAUAUGGGCUGGAGAAAUUCUGGGCCUUCUUGAAAUAUUCCAAAGCCAAAAAUUUGGACAUUGACCCCAAACUUCAAGAAUACCUCGGCAAAUUCCGACGUCUCGAAGACUUCCGAGUGGAUCCCCCCAUGGGUGAGGAGGGCAACCACAAGCGACACCCAGUGGCAGCAGGAGGUGGCAGCAGUGAGGGCAGGAAGCGGUGCCCCUCCCAGUCUUCCAGCAGGCCUGCCGCCAUGGUCAGCCAACCCCCGACACCACCUACUGGCCAGCCCAUCCGGGAAGAUGCUAAAUGGACAAGCCAGCACUUGGACACACAGACUUUGGGAAAGUGAAAAGCCCUUUAGCCCUGGGGUUUGGAGGGGAGAAGGGAUAGAGGGGGUAGGUGAGAGUCUACUGCGGGGGGGAAGGGGGCGGUGCCCAGUCCCGGGAGAGGGAACAGAGAAGGAACAGGCCUGUAGUCAUUAGGAUGGGCCUUCGUGCUGAGUAGCAAUGUGUACACCAUUUGGGCUAUCAGAGGUACCCUGGGCAGGAGCCUCCACACACCCCUUCCCUCUUCUCUCUCCAUAACUCUUCACAUCCUGGCUUCUUCUAAGUGGGGGGAGGGUAAAGGGGGAAAUUUUUUUUUUAUAUAUAUAUAUAUAUAUCUAUAUAUAUAUCAAGUUUUAAAUUAUUGAUAGUUCGUCUGGAUUACCAAAAUCACUCUGCAGCCCUGCCCGCGGCUAGUAGGCCGCAACCCUGGUUCCCAUCCACAGCUGCCUCCUGCUCCCUCUCAAGCCAACUAUGCAGCCCACAAUAAGGGCCUGUGGGCCCCAUUGCCCAGCACUGUUUCAUAGAAGGCUCUGGCAGCGUCCCUGGGCCCCAUGAGCACCAGCCCCUUGAUCACCUGGGGCUUGCCAUCAGCCUGUUCUCUCCCUGCUGUCCCCAUCAUGCCCUUCUGCCAUCUUCUGGGAGAAGGAAACCAAAGGAUCUAGAAGUCGGGGUGGGGGAAGGUUUUGGCCUCUCUCCACCCCUCUCCCCAUACCCCUUACUCCCCAGCCCAGAAAAGACGCUGCUCAUACCAGAAAAGACUAUUGAAAGAUGAUUUAUUUUAUUUUUCUCUGACCUUUCCAUCCUUGGGAAAAUGGGAAAAAAAAAAAAAAAAAAAAAGACAAAA